AUGCAUUUCAAUAUGAAAGCAGGAAAGAUCUUCUUAGCUCUCUUAGCCCUCUCAGCCCUCUCUUGAGUCUCUUGUUCAGGGGUUCAGGACCAGCUGGCUCACCCGAUCUAUAAAAUUAAGCAAGAGAGUGAGUCCCAAUUAAGUUUUGAUAAUUGAAGAUAUUGCAUCUCCUCAGAAUUUUGAAAAGCUUGUAAAUCUGUUUCUAGUAUUUAUGGAACUACAAUGUCUCUCUGCUCUAAAGUUUCUGGAGAUAACCCAAGCUGUGUUGAGAGUGAGCAGAAUAAAUGUACCAGUUUUGAUCCUAAAAUCGAAGAUAACCUUCUUUGCCCAACAACAUGUAGCUCUAAAUAAAUUCAUGAUUGGUUCAGACGAAAAAGUUCCGUAUGAAUCAUCUGGAUAUGGCACUGGGGAUAUCUGUCAAUACAAGAUCACAGCAGAUGAUAAGCUUGAUUCUUUCUCGUUAAAAAUAGUUUCUAAAGAGUCUAAGGCCCAAUACACCCUCUUCUCGCAGGACGAUCAAUUCAAUCUCAAGAAAAUAGGUAGUUUUUACCAAGGCGAAAUCAGAGCUUACAGUAAAUUCAAUAAGAAUUUUAUAUUACUCAUUUUGCCAAAGGAAGAGAACAGCAAGGUUAAUUUCCAGAUCGAGAGUGGUCGCAAGAAGAAUAAUGUCGAACGUGAAACCCAUGUAUUCCUCAUAGUUUUUGCCAUAUUAUUCUCUAUCUGGCUCUGUGCUAUUGCUGGGUUUCUGGUUUAUUACUUCUUUUUCAGGAAUAGAGGGAAGUAUCUCCCUCAAAUCGAUUCCGACGAUACUUAUGAUGGCAGCUUAACUGGCAGGAGUCAGAGACAAGUGCCUGAUAACUUUUAUACAAUACGAGAUGAAUUCAAAACUAAUGAUCUGAAAUCAAAAUUCAUCCAUAGUAAAACUGAGUACAGAAAAUUACGCGACAAAAUCUACCAAACUUUGAUGACACAACGAACAGAGAGCACCACUAAACAAAUUAACCAAGACUCUAGAGAAUUCGAAGCAAACGUGAUUGCUGGCAACAGUGCUAGAGCAUUGUUCAACUUCUUAAGAUCAAAUGAGGAAAAUAAGCAGAAUGGGAAGACUUAUCCUCCAUGUUUGUUCAUGCCGACAGAGUCAGACUUCUUCGAUCCUAAAUAAGACUAGGUUUUCCAAGAUUCUAAAGAACAAAAUUUAUAGAAACCAUGGAGUCCACAGAGCAAAAAGUUAUGUAAAUAUAAUCUUUAAAGACAGAAGUAUUGCUGAGAAGGUUGACCAUUGAGUCAAGAAGUUUAAGAAGAACGAGGAAACAGAUGAAAUUGUACUAGAUCUCCUUCAAAUUUCAGAAUUUCGUUAUAUCUUGUCAAUGGCAAUAAUCUUUGAUACUAUUCAGACUUUAGGGUAUAAAUUAGAUAUGGUGUUCACCAGGGAAUUCGAGAAAAUAUCUACAGGAAGUUAUACAUUUGUCCUUGACCAAUGAGGAUGAUACCUUAACCUUCUGAUGAAAGCAAUAGAGAACUACUCGGAGAAGGCUAAUCAUGCUAAGAUAGAAGGGCAUAUAGCAAAUUUAGAUGUAAAGCAGAUGAAAAAUUUUGCUUUACAUGAUACCAUUUUCUGAGCAACAUUUUUCAACUGUUUCAAAAAGGAAAACUACAAAGAGGAGAAAGGGGAGGUCAAAGUAAUUUUUGGAGAUAACCUCAACCAAUUUGUCAGAUUAGAGAAAGUAUCAAGUGCAAUAGACACUAAAGAAGAGAAUGAAACUUUAGUUAAUGCAUACCUAACCUUCCAGGUAUGCGAAAAUCAAGAGAAUAAGCUGUUUAUUAAAGCUAUGUAG